GUGGGAUUUCUAGUCUUUCGGAGCGCAGUAUAUUUUUGCUUGUCUAUCUUUGGAUCUGUGUGCGUUUAACAGUAAUAAAGACAUAUUUUCUGAAUCGGUAAAUGUAGAUAUUUCAGACUGGAUCUUUACAUCUGUAUACCGUCUCCAAUUGGAAUAAAUAAUUGAGGAAUGUGGAAAUUACAGAAUGCCCAACAGCGUUGGAAAGAGAUUUAAACCCACCAAAUACAUCCCGGUAUCUACUGCUGCCACUUUUCUUGUGGGAUCCACCACCUUAUUCUUCGUUUUUACGUGCCCCUGGCUGACCAACACGAUCUCCCCCGCCGUGCCUCUCUACAAUGGCGUCGUCUUCCUAUUUGUGCUGGCCAACUUCAGCAUGGCUACCUUCAUGGACCCUGGAGUCUUCCCAAAAGCGGAUGAGGAUGAGACAAGCGAUGAUUUCCGGGCACCUCUCUACAAGAAUGUAGAGAUUAAAGGAAUUCAGGUCCGGAUGAAAUGGUGUGCCACCUGUCACUUCUACAGACCGCCCCGCUGCUCUCACUGCAGUGUGUGUGACAACUGUGUGGAGGACUUUGACCACCACUGCCCCUGGGUGAACAACUGUAUCGGGCGUAGGAACUACCGUUACUUCUUCCUGUUCCUGCUGUCGCUAAGCAUCCACAUGGUGGGCGUGUUCUCCUUCGGCCUGCUGUUCGUGCUGCACCACAUGGAGCAGCUGGGCACGUUGUACACCACCGUCACUCUAGUGGUGAUGUGUAUAGCAGGGCUCUUCUUCAUACCAGUCAUGGGCCUGACAGGCUUCCAUAUGGUCCUUGUCGCCAGAGGUCGUACCACUAACGAACAGGUGACGGGCAAGUUCCGUGGUGGAGUAAAUCCCUUCACGCGGGGUUGCUGUGGCAACAUCAAGUAUGUCCUGUGUGCUCCCCUGGCGCCCAGGUACAAUGGUGUGGACCCCAGGAAGAAGCCCCCUUUCUCCAUCCAGCCCCCCUUCAUCAGACCAGACCUCUCUGACAGACAGAUCAGCAUCAAGGUCAGCAACAACGGGUUCCACACCAGUAUCCUCCAGUCUAAAUCCAAGAUCAGUCUGGAUGGCCUGGCCGUGGAUGACAAAGGCCUAGACACCCAGCCUCCGCUACCUCCCAAAGCAGACCGCUACAACCAGCUGAAGAGCCAGCUGACGUCAAGCGAAGAUAGUUCCCUGUCCGGCAAGACCCAUCCCUCCACCCCGGCCAUGUACAAGUACCGGCCCUCGUUCGGCACCAUCCCUAAAGUCCAUUACCAUGCGGCAGGAGAGAAGAUUGUAAUGCCAGAUGACCACCGUAAGGCGUCAGCCAUCUUGGAGGAGGGCCGUUGCCAUGUCGACUACCGCUCAGAGCCCAACCUGGACCUGCCUGACUACCGCAACGCCCCUCUCCACCGCUCCUUCCAAUCCUCCCCACUGCAACUGGACUCCUACCCCAUCAACUCCAGCUCCCUCAGCCUGAAGCAGGCCCACCAGCGCAGGGACAAGGGCCAGCUGCCUGUCCUGCAGCCUGAGACAGUCACCUCCACCCCCUACAAGAGCGUCUUCUCCCCACUGUCCAACCGCAACAGCAGCCUCUCCUACGACAGCCUGCUCAACCCCAGCAUUUCCCCAGCCACCGCAGCCGAGUGCAUGGCUCACCCCGGCAUGCCCUCUAUGGGCUCGCACUCACCCUACCUGCCAACCAAAAUGUGCCACGUGCGGGGGCCUGAACCUCAGAUCCAGAGGCAGCAGGUCCCCCCCAGCUUCAGCCCGGUGUUGGGCUUCAGGGGGAUGGGGAUGAGCAGGGGCAGGCAGUCCCCCCAGGACCGGGACCUGUCCCCGGUGUUGGGCUCCAGGGGGAUGGGGAUGAGCAGGGGCAGGCAGUCCCCCCAGGACCGGGACCUGUCCCCGGUGUUGGGCUCCAGGGGGAUGGGGAUGAGCAGGGGCAGGCAGUCCCCCCAGGACCGGGACCUGUCCCCGGUGCGCUACGACAACCUCUCCAAAACCAUCAUGGCCUCCAUCCAGGAGCGUAAGGAGAUGGAGGAGAGGGAGAAGCUGCAGCUGCUGCACCAUGGGGGGUGCUCCCAAGCUCAAUCCUAUGCCCAGGCUCAGGACUCAGGCAUGUUCGACAGCUCUGGAGGGUACGGCCUGCCUCCCAGCGCCUGCUACCCGGAUAGUCCCCGGGACCCCAGCUCCAGAGGUCCCACGCCUCCAGCCUACGGAGGCUCUAGGGACAACCUGAUGGGGGUGGUGAGCUACGGACCUCGGACCCCCGUGCUGCGCUCCUCUGGUGGCUCCUCUCUGGCACGUGCCCCCAGGACUUCCUCCAGCUCCCUGCACACUGACAGCAGCAUGCAGGGAGGCAGGGUCCCUGAAACCCCCUGCCGCUCCCCACCCCACCAGCCCCACCACUCCCCUGCCAUGCCCCAAUCCCCCUCCUACACCCACAAGAAACUCUCCUUCAUCCACGCCCUGGAGAGAACAGACUCACCCCGCCUGGGUGGCCCAAGAGCGGCCAUGAUGCAAAGUAAAGUGAAUGGGCAAACAGACUGCCAUCUAGCGCCCAACAGCUCCAGUGCCCAGGGCACCACUCUCAGCCCUAGCCGCCACAGUAACGUCAAAAAGGUGACUGGGGUGGGUGGCACAACCUAUGAGAUAUCUGUGUGAAAGGGCUGGGGCCCGGGGCGCCAAACCUUGAGGGAAGAGGCAUCAUUCUCAUGGCAUCCACAUCCAAUGACAACAACAACUGUGCUACACAGAGAGGGUUCUCUUCUUCCUUUGACCUUUUAUUAUUCGAUAUUGACCAAUCAGGGGCGCAUAGCAUUUCCUACUUGGGAAUUAUUGGCGGACCUCUGCUCUUUCCAUGCCUAGCCCUUGGUCUCUGUGUCUGUACUGGAGGAGUGCGCCGUGAUAUGUGUGUGUUUGAUGGGAAAAGAGCAACUUCAACCUAAAGAGGGCUGAUGUUCUUACUGAGUGUUUUGUUGAAUUUUGUGGCUUGUUGCGUUGGUCAUCAGUGGACAGUCUGAAUGAGAUCUUAAAUUUGUCGUUUACAGCAUCUCAGUUGCGGUCUAGGUGCUGUUCUGUAUGAUCACACUCACUAACCACCCACCCAGGCCGCGAGAGGUUAAUACACAGACACCCUUACACAUACAGAUGAUGCCGCAUGUCUUUGUUCAGUCACAUUCUCUGAAAUAGCAAUGGUAUGGCGAGCCACCUCUAACCCAAUAAGUCAUCAAUACAGCACCAAUCCAUUAGAUUUCAGCAUACAGCGUCAAUCCAUUGGAUUCAAGCAUACAGCGCCAAUCCAUUAGAUUCAAGCAUACAGCACCAAUCCAUUAGAUUAAAGCAUACAGCAUCACUCCAUUGGAUUCAAGCAUACAGCACCAAUCAAUUANCAAGCAUACA